AUUGGAUGCCGCGUUUGUUUAGUUCUGUUUUUCUUUUAUUGUUUACGUCAAGGAAUAUUCUUGAAAUUGAAAGGUUGAGAAAGCUAUUCUACAGUGAAAACGAUAAUGUUGAAAUGUGUCAUGUAGAAAGAAUCCAUUCAUGUUGCAUACAAUUUAAAAUUAACUUGGAAGUUCUAUAGUGUUUGUCGUUUCCUUCCCAUUUCAUUUAGUCAAGUUUAUUAGCUUAGUCUAUAAAUUUAGAAAUGUCAACUUUAUGGACUGGAAGCAUUGUAUCAGUAGAUUGUGGUGAUGUCCUUGGAGUUUUUGAGGGAGAAAUUUCAAACGUGGAUGAUUUAAACCAAACCUUAUCUUUAAUCAAUGUUAGUAGAAAUUCAACUAAAUGUCAAGUUCCUGAGGUAACUCUGAGUACUCUUGAUAUUAAGAGCUUAAAGCUCAUUGAAUCUACUGUUAAAAAGAAUAAACAAACAAAUACUGUUGAGAAGUCUGCUUUCUCAUCACCUACAAAAAAUGGGUGUUCUAGUUCACCAGUUCUUUUAGACAGCCAAAAAAAGAAAGGGGAAAACAAGAAAAAAAAUGGAAAAAGAGCUGAUCCCAAAAAAUGGCUUAAAGAGCGAGAUGAAGCUUGUUUUAGUGCUACAGUCGACAGCGAGACCUUUGAUACAGAUUUUGACUUUGAAAAAAAUCUUGCCUUAUUUGACAAGAAGGCUGUUUUUGAAGAAAUAAGUGCACUAUGUAAAAUGGAUCAUGUUAAAUUAGUUGACUGUAAUAAGAAAGGUCAAACAAAAUAUCGUCAUGAUGAGAAUGUUUUAAAUAAUGAUGUACCGAUUCUGAAGCAAAUUUCUGUGUCAUGUCAGAGUAACAAAGAAUAUGUAACUGAUUCUGGACUGGUGGUGCCUAGUGUUACAAUGGAGUUUAAAAACCUCCUCUAUGAAAAAGCUGAACUGGUCGGAUUAACUCCACAGGUUAGAUUGGAAAUGAUAGGGCGUGCUGCUACUGAAAUGGUUCUACAAUUAGUUGGUGGUUGCCAUCGUCUGACUCCACAGAAUACCCAUCAGAGACCAACGGUCGUUAUUUUAUGUGGUCUGCAUGUUCAAGGAGCUCAGGCUGUCAAUUGUGGUCGUCAAUUAGCUAAUCAUUGUGUAAAUGUUUCACUUUUAACUCCUUCACAAUCUGUUGAACAUCAAUCUGAGGUAACAAGGGAGUUAAAAUUAUACAAGUUAAGUGACGGCAAUAUGGUAUAUAAUGUAACAGCAUUACCUCCUACUGUUGACAUUAUACUUGAUGCACUAGAACCUCAUAGCCCCAGCAAUUCCAUUGACAACAAACAAUGGUUACAGACUGCUAGAGCCUGGGCAAAACAGUCAAAAGCUCCAGUCAUGGGCUUGGACCCCCCACCUGAUUAUGUGUCUUCAGGUUUAAAGUACUUACUGACUCCAGUACUUCCAUUAGCCUAUAAGAACGAUCAGUGUAGCAUUUAUAUUUGUGAUAUUGGACUUCCUAAAAAACUAUUUGACAGUAUUAAUGGCUGUACAUAUUCUUCACCCUUCGGGUCGAAGUUUGUUAUUCCCCUGUACCUGAGAAAUGAUCAACGGUGAAUGAUGAUUUUAAUCUUACUGUUAUUUAUUUAUUUAUGUUAAAUGCACAAACUGAAAAUAUAUUGGGUUCAUGUACAAAUUUAAAUUUAUCCAUACUACAGCUGGAACGGAAAGAACGAAAGUGACACUAUUUAAAAUGUUGUUCUUUUUCUUGUGCCUUAUUCAUGAACAAUUAAAUUUUAUGAAUUUCAUUAUGGUGGCUUUACUUACUAUGUAAUUAUUAUAUACUUUUUUUAUGAUAAGUUAUUUUUUGGGGCCAACAUAUACUUAUAAAUAGGCUUAUACUUGUGAUGUACAGUGUACUAUGUUGUACAAAAUUCUAGUGUACUGAGUGCACAUUUUGCCAAAUAAAAGUUUUAUUAAUA